AUGGCAAGAACGAAAGAACGGAGGGCCACCGGAACUACGUGUGAGACCCUUACUCGAUCUCCGGCUCCAAAAACAAUCAUAUCCCGAGAACCCUACUAUUACAUCGAAUCACUCAAUGCAGGUACCAAAUUCCGUCCCGCAACCCGUGAUCCAAAGUACCAGAGCUUCUCUGUCACAAAACUAAUGGUAGCCGACAGCGAAGAGGUCGGCGAAGAUACCACUUCUAAUCCAAUCGGAUUUCUACACCAACAAUCUUUAAACUGUUACUACCAUAAUGCUCAAGGACGCCGCGGCAAGUUUCCAGAGCUGAAUUUGCGUUUCAUAUCAGGCCAGUGGGAUAUUGUUGAUGUUACAGAAAUUCGGCUUGCAGCUGGUAUUUCGGAUUCCGCAUUGUCCUUAUCAGAAAUGUCUCUGCUCAGAUGCGAUUGUCCUACCCGUGGUGGUGGUGGUGUUCUACUCUACCAUCGAAACAAUCUUGAUUGCGGGCAAAUUCAGCCCCGAGUUUCGACACCUGACACUCUGUGGUGUAGGGUGAGCUUGUCCAAACAAGAUGACUGUUUGAUUGGUGUCAUCUAUCGCCCUCCGUCAUCCCCGAAAUCAGCCCAUAUGACUCUUUUGAACAGUAUGUUACACAUUCUCGCAAAAAGAUUUACACCUGUUCUGCUAAUGGGUGAUAUCAACUGUUCAAACCUCGACGAACCAAUGACCUCCCAUUGUUUAUUCGAACAGCACUUCAUGAAGCUAAUUGCCUCACAACCACUGUACAACCACGUGAAAGAGCAUACCGGAUUUGGAAACUUGCAAUCACCAUACACACUAGAUUUAAUGUUGACGAGCGAAGAGUUGAUGAUAGAAUCCGUGGCCAUACAACCCCCUGGGACGCAAUGA